AUGGAUUUGAAAAAUUCUGCUCUUAAUAAGCCCCAGUCUGACAGAGAACCCCAUGUAAAGCCAGAGGAGUUUGAUUCUCGGUACACUCCAGGGGAGCUGCUGGGAGAAGGAGGCUUUGGGUCUGUCCGUGCAGGAGUACGUAAGGCAGAUGGCAUACAGGUUGCCAUUAAACGUGUGCCCAAGAGGCGUUAUGACAAAUUCAUCACCAUUCCCGGAGAGACACACAGCCUCCCACUGGAGGUGGCGUUAAUGAAAAUGGUUUCCAAGCCAUUUCUCUGUGAGAAUGUGUUGGAGCUGUUAGAGUGGUUCGAGAUGUCUGAUUGCUACUUCUUUAUCCUGGAGUGGCCCAGCCCCUGCAUGGACGUCUAUGAAUUCUGCAAACUUCACAAAGGUCGAUUGUCAGAACCACUGGCUCGACACAUCAUGCGUCAGGUGGUUCAGGCUGCUCGUCACUGCUGUGACUGUGGUGUUCUUCACCGCGAUAUCAAGGCGCAGAAUCUUCUGAUCAACACUGACACUCUGGACGUGAAGUUGAUAGACUUUGGCUGUGGGGAGUUGCUCAAAGACACCCCCUACACAAGAUAUGCAGGCACUUUGGCUUUCUGUCCACCCGAGUGGAUAUGUGAGGGAAAGUAUUUGGGUCGUCCUGCUACCAUCUGGAGUCUGGGUGUACUCCUGUUUGACCUUGUCUGUGGAGACUUGCCUUUUCAUACCGACGAAGACAUUGUUUUUCAGAACCUGCCCUUUGCUCAUGGUCUGUCUAGAGGUUGCUGUGAUCUGAUAUGGUGGUGUCUGGCACGAGAUCCUCAUGCUCGGCCAACAUUUGAGGAACUCAUCAGCCACAAAUGGUUUGCAGGACUUCAGAACAAAGUCAAGACACAGCUUUAA